CAAUAACAAGCAAGCAAACAACAGCUUCUACUGCAUUCUCGCAUCAACUUCUUCUCUCAACACCUCUACUCUCAACCAAACAUCAAAAUGUUCGCUUCCAAGGCCUUUGCCCUCUUCGCCGCUGUAAUUGCCAGCGUUUCUGCUGCUCCAUCUGGCACUCCUACUACUGGAAACAACUUGGCCAGCCGCACAGGAUGGACCGGCGUCACCCACUCCGUGGUUGUUGGACGCGGUGGUCUUCACUUCGAUCCCGAGAACGUUGUAGCUGAAAUUGGCGACACCAUCGAGUGGCACUUUACCGCUGCCAACCACUCCGUCGCUCAGUCUGACUUUGCUCAUCCCUGCCAGCCUCUCGCCGACGGCACCAGCUUCUUUGCCGGCUUCAACUUUGUCACUUCCCAGGGCCAGAACCCCAACGUCUACCAGAUCACCGUUAUUGACGACAAACCCAUCUGGUACUACUGCCCCCAGACCAAGGGCAACCACUGCCAAAUGGGCAUGGUCGGAGUUAUCAACCAGAACUUCAACUCCCAGAACACUCUCUCAAACCAGAAGGUCAUUGCUGCUGGCACUGGUGUCUCUAAAGUGGGCGUUGUCCAAGGAGGCAAGAAUGGAGGCUUUACUCGCGCAAACCCGAACCCUAACAGCGGUUUCUAAGCGGUUUUCCCUUUUUUUCUUAAUACCAUCCUUUAUAGCAUAGCAUUUCCUUUUCUCGGCAUGGCGGAGCACAAUUUGGACUCGGAAUAUGGCGGGUUUUGGGUAGCGACGAAGAUAUCACGGUGAAUUAUAUAGACUAGACUUUCCCUAAUGAAAAU